AUUACGUUUACGUUUUAUCAAAAAAUACACCGAAAACUUACUUUUGUAGAGAUAGAUGUGCCAAAUAGCCAGAGUCUUCAAAAGCACAAACACAUGCCAUGCAUGCGCGCACAAACGCACGAACGUAUGCAUCUAAUAACUUUGCAGAAUUAUAAAAUCUGUAAAAAAAUACUUUGAAAGCAUAGAAUGCAACCAAAGACACGGUUUGUUCAUGAGAGGUAAUAAAAUGUGCAACACAAUUUACAACCCCUCUAUCGAAUGGACUCCAUGAACCCAGUGUGCAAGUUGUUUUCGUAUCAACAACCGGGGAAGUUUUGAGUCGAUUCAAGGUUCUGUCAGUCGUGUGAUUAACAUUUUGAUUGGACAUUUUGACGACCGAUGACGUAAUUAUGGGUUUGUACUAUGACCACAAGGUUUCUAUGUGUUAUGCAUCAUUUCUUCUUUUGAAGUUUCUGCAUCUAUUUUUGUGACGAGGGUAUCGUGUCUUGAAUGUUUUGUGCGAUGUGUUCAGUCAACGGAAAAUGUCCCUCCAGGAAUGUAAAUGCUGCCACUUUGUAUUGAGACAACUCUUCCCCUGCGCUGUGAUGCUGAGCCAAAAUGUCGUUGGCGUUGUUGUUGUUUUUGCGAUCAUAUCCGGUUGUACUUCACAACCUGACUGGAUACAGAUGGGAAUAAAUUCGUAUACAUCCGGUCGUAUAAUGCUCGGCGCUGCCAAUUACAUAGGUCUGAGGCUAGUUCGGGAAUUGUAUUUUUACCAAAAGAGGGAUGGAGCGUUGUACAGAGCAACAUUUAUAGGAAGAAGAUCUUUCGGCAUGAUUCACAGGUGUACAGCUGAGGUGCACGAGUUUACUGGCCGGCCAAAAGUAAUGUGGUACAGGUGUCGGCCACCAGUUUAUUAAAUGGAUUGAACAUGCAUAAUUAAAACCGACUUUUAGCUCAUUUUACAAAUACUUAUAAAAUAACAAUUUUACUUCUUAUCAAUUUAUUUACUGUCAAUGAAUAAAAUGUUCAAUUAUCCUUACUUAAUGAACCA